CACGCAAACGCAACAUCAUCCUUGCAUGUCCGAGUGCGCCCUCUGUUGACCAGAGCUUGAUAUACAGGUCUUAGCCAUUGGAAGCAGACGGAGGAGGGGAUGCUGUCAUCCGCCACCGCUGAAUCGAGAAAAUUAGAUGGACCAUGGGUUUAUUUGAAAAAUCCCUUAUGCCGUUAAUCCAUUUAUAAUUGCUGUCGCUCGGAGACGUUCAUGAGGAUGAUGGCGUCCCAGCGGUGUACGGAACAAGCCGUGAACGAGUUCCUGUUGGAGAAAGGAGGGAGGGUCCGACAGAUGGAGCUGAUCGAUCAUUUCACAUCUCCUUGUGGCUGUAAUGACCAGCAGAAAGAAGGAGCGGAGUGGGAGUUGCUAAGUGGGAUUGUGGACAGCGUGGGUUUCGUGAAGGAGGAGAACGGAGUGAAAUUUGUGUGUUUAAACGGCGACUGCAGCGAGGAGUCGGUGAUGCGUACGGACGCAAACGACCACGUUGAUGCGGAGUGCAACGGGAACAUCGAAGAGACGCCGGACAACAAACAAAUGAACGGCAACCCUGAUGAUGGAGAGCAAACAGAAAUGCAUUGUGAUGGUUCUACAGGAGCAUCGACAUCAGCCAGUUUGGACAAUGUCAAGCAGUCAAAUGGCAAUGAGCAACCUACAGCCCAAUCCCAGAGUGGCACCGAAUCAGGUACUCAUACCACUGCUGGAGGAGGGGAGGUGAGGCUGAGGGACAGGAGGAGGCGAGAGUCCGCACCAGCUAUUGGGAUGCAAGACGUGGACCAGGCCCAUGCUGCUGGCUCCCACAACCAUGUGGUGAGAGGGGCACGAAGGGUGUCCAAAGGAUCCCAGCGGGCCAUGCUGAUCAGCUGCCUGUCUGAAGACAGCGCUCUGGAGGGACUGGAGUCUGUGGGGGAAAUACAAACACCUAAAGGAAGCCGCAGAAACUUCAUAGAGCUGAUGAUGAGUAGUUCUCCGCAGGUUCGGAGGUCUCUGAUCAACCGUGGCUCACGCAUCCGAGACUCUGUGAGGAGCGACGGCGACUCGUCGUCUGUCCUCUCUUCAGCCACAGAUGACGACAGUUCCUCUGUAACUUUGGACCCCCUGGAACACGAGUGGAUGCUCUGCGCCUCAGAAGGCCUCUGGGAGAGCCUGCAGCCCCUGCUGGCUGUUGAACCGAGCCUGGUGGCCAAAAGAGACUUUGUGACAGGCUUCACCUGCCUCCACUGGGCUGCAAAGCAGGGCAAGGCUGAGCUCCUCAGCAAGCUGCUGGCCUUUGCCAAGGAGAACACUAUACCAAUGAAUGUGAACGCAAGAUCAAGUGCUGGGUACACACCGCUACACCUGGCUGCUAUGCAUGGACACACACAGGUGGUCCGCAUGCUGCUCUUAGACUGGGAAGCGGACCAGGAAGCUCGGGAUUACAGCGGUAGGCGAGCCAUUCAGUACCUGCCCCCUCUCCUGGCAGCUGACCUGGAAAAGGAGGGUGUGGUCACCUCGCCCGGAGCAGAGUCAGACACUGAAAAUGGCAAUGGAGGUAGCAGCAGAACGCGAGGUUGGAGGUUCCCCAAAGUCCUCCAGGGCAACCUGAAAUCACUGCGGCUGCUGACCUCACCACCAGAGACACUGGAGGAGUCGGCUGAGAAGACCAAGGGGGGCUUGCAGAGGAAGACCUCCCUGAGCCGACUGAAUGCCCGGCUGCAUCGUGGGCGCCACCGAGCCCAGAUCAUCCACAGUGCCUCCUUCAGGGACACCGGGGAAGUAGGAAGAGGAGAGGAGCUGCCCAGGAGCCCUCUGAGAACCAGACCACUGUCCAACCUGUUUGGAUAAAGUUCUACCAGCGCUACAGACAGUUUGACGCACAUUUACGAUUUAUAUGUACAGUUGAAAUAUGACAGGUCAGGUCUCAACAUAAGACACAGAGCAUUUUUUUUGUGUAUAUUGUAGAUAUUAACAGAAAUAACCAAAUUAUGUUUUCUUAAAUUAGUUUAUUUAGUUCCUAAUGCAGUGGGGGUUUUUUAGCACAAAAGCAGUAGAGCACAGAACAUGUAGCAAUUUAUUUCACUCGGCAAUACUUUGACUAAAAGCUGUUUUUUUGGUUUUUUUUAAGGUCUAUUCAGGACACCCUAGAAGAUAUCACACAAGGCAACAUUUUACACUGAAAUGACUUUCCAGCAGGUUUAAUUUACAAUAGCUCAAAAUCUAGAGAAAUAAAAAGCCCUUGUGAUUGACUCCACUAACUUCCCCAAAACUACAUCUCUGUUUACAAAAUAAUAUAUUUGUAGGGUGGUGUUUCUACAUUCCAACCUCAUGUAACUGGAUGGUGCUCAUGUUUCCUUGUACAGCUCUGUAAUGUUUUUAACGUAGCAGAUUUUAAUAUUCAAACCGAUCGACCUUUUUACAGUCACCUUGUUUGCACUUGUCACUUUGAAGUAAUGGGGUGUUUUUUAGGACAAGCUGAAAUUACGUUAUGUGUUUUUGGUAUGAUGUCUAAUCUUUAAAUUCAAAUAAUACUUUCAUUCCACAGUAUGCAUAAAAGUACACAAUUGAUUAUGUAACUUUUCCCAAUUAUUUUCACUUUAAGUCUAUUAUAGUUAUAGUUUCUUACCAAAUAAACCAGCGAACAGAGAUUGACUCUUCUUUUUUUGGGCAAUUGCUGUAUAGUUUCAGUGUGGAAACACACAGAGUUCAUGUAAUUUAUGCUCCUGACAAUAAGGUAUCUCACAUUUACUGAAAUUACUUUUUCUCAUCAGUGUUGAGAUUUUUCUUGGACCUUCGGUUCUUCACAUGUUGCCACUUUUUUUCCAGAAUUUAAAUUUCUGUUAUGAUACAUAUUUGUGGUUUCAUGCUGAGUAAAUUUUGCAGGGUUUUUGAACUAUAAAUCUGUUGGUUUCUCAUGACUAAGAUGAUUCCAGCUAUCUAACAGACUAUUGAUCCAUUUAAGAUGCUGGACAAACUGGAGACUUCAUACUAAAAUGAAGCUCUUGCCGUCUCCUGCCUCUUAUCAGUGCAGCAUUGCAUUUACACAAUCGUUUGAUUAUUAUGUUUUUAUUUGCUCUAUAUUGAUGCAAGUAGCACUAAGACCUGAUUGGUUUUCCAAAUGUGUGAACAUUAAUUACUCAGAGACAAAACCCAGAUUUCUUGAAUGUUUUCUUUGUAUUUUGUAGCAUUUGUACUUAAAUAUAGGAGUUUUCAUAAUUAUCUUUUCAUUUAGAAAUGCAUACAGAUGUUUCUUGACUGCAUGAAAUUUAAGUGCUGCUCCCUUUUUUUUCAACUGUGAAUAGUUGUCAUUAUUGUUGUUGAAAUACUGUGAAGUUAUUCAGUGGUGUUG